UGGUCCGUGGUCCCUGGUCCCGAGCCCUUGUUGAGGUGGGAGCGUCGCUGAGCUUGGGAGGCUUUCAUCCAUCCCCCGACCCCUCCACCCACCUUCCCCCGCAUCUAGAGGGAGUUGAGGCCCCGGCCCGGCCUGCAGCUAACAGCGAGCCCGGGACAUGGCUCCUGCCUUGCAUCACCUUGAGACAGGCAAAGUGAAUGCUGAGGACGGAAGAGUUUGAUGACACUGACCACUGAACUUCUCUGUUUGGAGUACACGUUAUGAACCCUUUCUGGAGCAUGUCUACAAGUUCUGUACGCAAAGUGUGGAAGCAUAUAGCCACUAGGAGACAAGAUCAAAUUCAGAUCCAAGCUCAACGAUCUGAUGGUGAAGAGAAGACAUUAACAGGGGACGUGAAAACCAGUCCUCCACGAACUGUGCCAAAGAAACAGCUGCCUUCUAUUCCCAAAAAUGCUUUGCCCAUAACUAAACCCACAUCUCCUGCCCCAGCAGCACAGUCAACAAACGGCACACACGCUUCUUAUGGACCUUUCUACUUGGAAUACUCUCUUCUUGCAGAAUUUACCUUGGUUGUGAAACAGAAGUUACCAGGUGUCUAUGUGCAACCGUCUUACCAUUCUGCAUUAAUGUGGUUUGGAGUAAUAUUCAUACGGCAUGGACUUUAUCAAGAUGGCGUAUUUAAGUUUACAGUUUACAUCCCUGAUAACUAUCCAGAUGGUGACUGUCCACGCUUGGUGUUUGAUAUUCCCGUCUUUCACCCAUUAGUUGAUCCCACUUCAGGUGAAUUGGAUGUGAAGAGAGCAUUUGCAAAAUGGAGGAGGAACCAUAAUCAUAUUUGGCAAGUAUUAAUGUAUGCAAGAAGAGUUUUCUACAAGAUUGAUACAGCAAGCCCCCUAAACCCAGAAGCUGCAGUACUGUAUGAAAAAGAUGUUCAGCUUUUUAAAAGUAAAGUGGUUGACAGUGUUAAGGUAUGCACUGCUCGUUUGUUUGACCAACCUAAAAUAGACGACCCCUAUGCAAUUAGCUUUUCUCCAUGGAAUCCUUCUGUACAUGAUGAAGCCAGAGAGAAGAUGCUAACUCAGAAAAAGCCUGAAGAACAGCACAAUAAAAGUGUUCAUGUUGCUGGCUUGUCAUGGGUAAAGCCUGGCUCAGUACAACCUUUCAGUAAAGAAGAGAAAACAGUAGCAACUUAAGAGAUGGUGAAUCUGGUGCACUGUGCACUUUCCUGCUGGACUCUGGCCUAGUAGAAGCUGACCAAUGGCAAAGGACUGCCUGAAGAGUAAAACUGUGUGAACAAUGACUGAUUAUCAGUGUUUUCUAUGUUUGCGUAGGUUCUAACAGCAGGUUUUGGAAACCUCUCUUUAAGUAAUCCAUUACUUCUGUCAGAAGUGUCUAGGGUGGUUAUCUAGGUUCAGUACUCCAAAUUAUUGGGGACCCUGAGGCUUAGGUAUUUUUCUGAAUAUAAUGCUAAAGGUAAGUUGCAUUCAUUUAAACUAAUAGAGCAGACAGAAUUCACUAUUUAAUAGUUUUUAAAUCAGUGGUUUCAGUUGAACAUAAGUUAGGAUAUAGAAGAGAGAGUUACAGAAAGAAGGUUCCAGAACUCAGCACUUUUAAGUGGAAGAUCAUUUGAAUAGCAGUCUUCAGUCUAUUGUGUUACUGAUUUACAAACUGCUAUCACUGAGAAACUUAGUUGAGGGAGAGGAAACCAGAAUGCUUGUUCAUAGUUUUUUUUCUUU